AAGAAAAAGAACAAAUAGCAAGCUAACACAAAAGAGUACUAUUUGAAAAGCGAAGUUGCUCAGACAUAGAAAAGAGUCAUACAGGAUAAAAAUACCUAUACGUAAUUGAGGAAAGCUAUUUCGGAAAAGGAAGCAGCUAAAAGCAAGAAGCAAAAAUUGGCAUCGAAAUGACAACCCGUAGGCAGCUGUCGGAUGUACAGUCUUCAUCUUCCAGUGGCGGUGGCGGGACAAUGUCUGGUGGGACAGGUGGUGGGGGAUGUCUGAGUGACUCGCUGAUAUCCUCCUCCGGCAAGAAACGAAUGACUGCCCUAAAUGGGAUCCCCACCAGCAUCGAUGACAAGAGCAACGACUUUCUGUGUCCGAUUUGCUUUGAUGUCAUUACCGAGGCACACAUUACCAAAUGUGGUCACACCUUUUGCCACCACUGCAUAAUCAAGUCGAUAGAGAUGACCAAAAAGUGUCCCAAAUGCAACUUCACCCUAUCCUCACAUGAAUCCAUUGUGCCGAAUUACUUGCUCAACGAUUUGAUCACUAAGUUUAAAUUGAAAGGGAAGCGAAACGAUUCCAGCAAUACACAGUCGGGUGAUUCAGCUGACACAUUGAAACACUUUCUAGCGUCAGAAUCGAAAAAACUGUCUCUGUCGGACGUGAAUGUAAUGCUGGAGAUUCUGAAUCAGCGGAAAAUACUGCUGGAAGCCGAAUCGUGUGCUGCUCAAAAUAGGCUACUGCAUGAGUUCCUGAAGCACCUGCUGCAGCAAAAAGAGCAACAACAAUUGCAAGUCGCAAACGAGAUUGCGUUGAUCAAGAAUGAUCUUACGGAUGUAGAGAAAAUUUUGAAAGAGGUACAAAGCAGUUGUCCGACGGUGGAAGAGGUGGAGAAUAGCGUAAAAGACGAGAAGGAUGAACACGUGGUGGCUAUUAAGAAAGAAAUAAUCCAAAUCAUCGACAAGAUCGAUACCAUUACCGUCCCAUCGAAUCGCAGCGAGUCGUCAGCAGAGGGGUUCAACUUGUACAAAAAUGACCCAAGCUCGUCAUCUUUUAUGGCCCGGAAGCAGCGAAUGUACCAACACUUUGACGACUUUGUACAGUGCUACUUUGCGGCCCGUAGCGAAGAGUUGUACUUUGGAAAGGAUCGUUCCUUUAGUUCAGGAUCUCUGGGCACCUCCACUCCUACCCGCUCGAUUGACACUACCAAAUCUACACGAUCGCUGGAUACGUUUAGGGAAAAUCUCAUCAAAUUCUCGAAGUACAGCGCACUCCGACCGUUGGCGACGUUGAACUAUUCUUGCGAAUCGAGUUACGUGUCGACCAUUGUGUCCAGCAUAGAAUUCGACAAAGAUAGUGAGUACUUUGCCAUUGCAGGUGUUACGAAGCGAAUUAAAAUCUUCGACUACUACACUGCAAUCCGGGAUGCUGCGGUGGACAUCAACUAUCCCAUCAAUGAAAUGGUGUGCAGCAGUAAAAUUUCCUGCGUGAUAUGGAACAAUUACUUCAAAGAGGUUCUAGCGUCCAGCGAUUACGAAGGAAUUGUGUCCGUUUGGGAUGUUAGUACGAAGACCCGGACGAAAGCCUAUGAAGAACAUGACAAACGGUGUUGGUGUGUUGAUUUCAACGAAGUGGACACACGGCUGCUUGCAUCCGGAUCCGACGAUGCUCGAGUCAAAUUGUGGUCGCUGAAUGUAGACCACUCGGUAGCAACAAUCGAAGCACGAGCCAAUGUGUGUUGUGUGAAGUUUAAUCCGAAAAGUUCGUGUCACUUGGCGUUCGGUUCGGCUGAUCAUUGCGUGCACUAUUACGAUCUACGUAACAUUAAAGAGCCGCUGUGCGUUUUCAAGGGACACAAAAAGGCAGUAUCGUACGUGAAAUUCCUCAACACGACUGAAAUCGUUUCGGCAGGAACCGACGGCCAGUUAAAGCUGUGGAACAUCAACUCUCCGCCCUACUGCUUGCGGUCGUUCACUGGGCAUAUAAACGAGAAAAACUUUGCCGGUCUGGCCACGAACAAUGACUAUCUGGCUUGUGGCAGCGAGGACAAUUCUCUCUGUGUCUACUACAAAGGCUUGUCGAAGCAACUGUUCAACCUAAAAUUCUCGUCGAGCAGCACAAACCGUUCCAUCUCUGACACCGAACGAAACACCGAAGGCAGUGAUUUCGUUUCAGCGGUUUGCUGGCGAAAACAAAGCAAUAUCAUCAUUGCGGGCAACAGUGAAGGAAUCAUAAAGAUUUUAGAAAUUGUGUAAAAUAUGUGUUAGAAGAUUCGGUCCAAUUGUUCAAGUUUAUGACACGCGUUAAUUUGUUGUUUCUUCCUUUUAUACACCCAGACACACAUACACACACACACACGGACAAAAACAAUGCACACAACCACUCGAGUGAAACCCAAACGUUUUAAACGAUGUUAAUAAAGUGAUAGACUUAACGAUAGAAUAAAGCGCUUUAUUUUGUUAUAAAUUUUUCAAGAUAAGACGUAGACAUUAAUUACGUUCUAGCGCUAAGUGUGACGGAAUUCCCUCAUUGACGAGGUCGAACUGAAACAAACUAGUAAACUUUACCUAAAAUAAUAUCGGAAAAUAUUGUCGUCAAUGAGCUAAAUUGGAAACGUAGAUGAUGAUGGUAUGCAGAUCAAUUGCCAGGACCCACGAAGGGAGUCAAUUAAUCCAAGAAAGCCAAGAUGAGAUAAUACCUACAAAAUAUGUAAAUCCUAGAGUUAACAUUGAAAAGAGAAAAGGAGAAAAGCCCACAGUACAGUGGUGAAAUCGAACAAAGGUGUGAAUUUAUUUACAAUCUUCAUAACAGGAAGACAUGCCGUGUAGCCAACCUUUGUAGAGAGAACUAGCGAAACAAGAGAGCAUAAGAAAUUGAACUCUAUACUAACCCCCUAUUUUUCUAACAUACUACUUCAAUGUCGAUAUCAUAAACAUAAACCGACUGCACUGAGAGACAAACUAUUGUAAAACCAACUGUAGUUUAUACAUUUAUGUAAAAAAAAUGGAGAUCCUACUGCACCUCGUUAAUUUUUAAUCUUUAUUAAAGUAUCUUAUCCUAUA